AAGAGGUGGCUGAGUCGUCUGCUACUUUGCUUUUAAGCUCUGAAGCUGGAAGCAUGGAACGAGUCAAUCAACAGAUGAUAUCGGCAGGCUGUGAACGGAGCUAGUGGACACAGAGAAGGCUGUGCAGAGAGGGAACAGGAUGCAAGGAAGGGCUGGGAAGCACUGAGGGACUGAUCAAGUACGUAGAAAUUACUGAACGAAAUGACAGCCGGACAAGGGGAGGGAAGCUUUGAUUCAAGCUGUUCUCCUCCUCCUCUACUUGACACCAGAAAGCAAUCAGCAGCCUCGUCACAAAGUGAAGCUGACCGCACUCCAAAUUUCAGUUGCAAGAGUGAGUGGGUGGCUUUGAAGAAAGCAGGGCAUUUUAAAGACAUUCUAAAAAAUUCAGGGUGUUAUAAACCAGGAGCACGCAGAUACGUGUGACGCUUUGGAGAAACGUCUCCAGUUCAAGUACCAAGAGAACUCUUCUAAAUUCCAGAGAGAGGAAAAAUAAAAUCAAGAGAGAUCUCUUCAAUACAAGUUCUAAAUCUUGAUGCCAUAUGUGAAGACGCAGAGUUAUCUGCUACCUCCCUCUUCAACAAUCAUUUGAUUUUUAAAGAUUUCUUUUUCACAACCAACCCGACUACAAGGAUCUAUAAAUACCAAUGGGCCAACACUAGCAAGCACACAUUUUUAAAUUUACUUCAUUUUUAAAUUGACGUGGCUAUCUAAGGAAGGGACAGGACAGAAACUUGGGGAUAGCACUGAUUGGAGCAGGACCUCCAGCAGAAGCAGAUGAGACGUUUACAUCAUGCUGAUCUUUCAUCAAGAUCAAAUCAGGCUGCAUAGGAAGACCAAGUUCUUAGAUUCUGUGAAAUGCUUAAGUAACAAACAAACUCUAAGGUCACCAAAAUGGUCUUGCCUUUGAACACAUCUGACCUCAGAAAUGCAUCCGUGCAGCUCAACUCUGGGGAAUGGAAUAUACUACGCUGGGCUGCUCUGCUCAUCCUGAUUGUCAUUAUACCCACCAUUGGAGGAAAUAUUCUUGUCAUACUGGCCGUGUCUCUGGAGAAAAAGUUACAAUACGCGACUAACUACUUCCUCAUGUCUCUGGCGGUGGCAGAUUUGCUGGUUGGACUCUUUGUGAUGCCAAUAGCCCUGCUUACUCUAUUGUUUGAAAAGCCCUGGCCGCUUCCACAGGUCCUCUGCCCUGUCUGGCUGUUCCUCGACGUCCUCUUUUCUACGGCAUCCAUUAUGCACCUCUGCGCCAUCUCACUGGACCGCUACAUUGCCAUAAAAAAGCCGAUCCAGGCCAGCCAGUACAACUCACGGGCUACAACACUUAUCAAAAUAACAGUGGUGUGGCUGAUUUCAAUAGGCAUCGCUAUUCCAAUCCCAAUUCGUGGGAUUGAAGAAAAUAGUGAAAAGUUUCAAAACUUCACUUGUGUGCUAAAGCCCGAUCGUUUUGGAGACUUCAUCCUAUAUGGUUCAGUAGCUGCCUUCUUUGUUCCACUGGCCAUCAUGGUAGUCAGUUAUUUUCUCACAAUCCGGGUUCUGCACAAGAAAGCUUACUUGAUCAACAAACCGCCUCAACGCUUGACCUGGAGUACCGUAUCCACAGUGUUCCAGCGGGAUAUGACACCUGGAUCCUCACCAGAAAAAAUAGCCAUGUUAGAUGGCUCUAGGAAGGACAAACCUUUGUCAAAUGGGAACGAAGAACUGCUAAUACGCAGGAUGUCUACAAUCGGGAAAAAGUCAGUUCAAUCUAUCACCAAUGAACAACGGGCUUCCAAGGUCUUGGGGAUCGUAUUCUUUCUCUUUUUGCUGAUGUGGUGUCCAUUCUUCAUAACCAACAUCACGUCCGUCCUGUGCAAAUCCUGCAGCGAGGAAUUUAUUCAAAUGCUUAUGGAGAUAUUUGUCUGGAUCGGAUAUGUCUCCUCAGGUGUAAAUCCACUGGUCUACACCCUUUUCAAUAAGACAUUCAGGGAAGCCUUUGGCAGGUAUAUCACAUGCAAUUACCAGACUUCAGCUCCUGGAAGGGCCUCCCGGAAACCCUCCACGAGACUCUCAUUCAAAAAUUCUAUGACCGAGAACUCAAAGCUUUUUAUGAUGCACCACGGAAUACGGAAUGGGAUUAAUCCAGUCACGUACCAAAGCCAUCGGCUGUGUAACUCACCCAUUCAGUCUUCAUCAGCCAUUCUGCUGGACACGUUGCUACUCACAGAGAAUGAAGUUGAUAAAACAGAAGAACAAGUCAGCUACGUGUAGCCUGAUGAAAAAAGCACACCGUGCUCUAAGCCUGUUGGGAAACGCCGAAUCCCUAGCAACCUCUCAUGGAACCGCAGGCUUCCACAGAACUUAGGUUGAGAAAGACCUGGAUGGUUAAAUGCUUCACUCUCCCAUUUCUUAAAUGAUGGAUGAUUUUCUAAUAUGAAACAGAAGAAGGCUGUAGAUGUUUGAGAAAACUUUGGUGGCAGAAGGCCGGAAUGUCUGUUUCUCCAUUUCUCCAUUCCAUCCAUACUAUAAAGAGAAUAGCACCACGUAAGCUGAAAUCGCAACAGACACCCCACCCUAGGGAAUGGCUGCCAUUCUUUUCCUUUAAAAAAAAAUCUGAAAAAGACAGAAGGCAAAAUCUUCAUCCAAAAGCCCAACUUACAGAGACUUUGAGUAUGAAGGACUUCCCCCCUUCCCAGCACUUUUUAAAAAUUCCAACCACCAGAACUCUGAACUCACUGAAAUUACGUUUUUCCAACAAUGAUAAAUAUUUUAUCGACCAAGCCAGCUGAGCAGAACCGCACAACAUCAACGUCAACAGCCAAGGAAGAUUUGUGUGAUCCAGGAGGCGCAAGGGAAAAUGGAGCUGCUGAAAAAUAAACCCUGUGCUCCAAAACACCUCCCACAGUGCGCUCCCAUCUUCUGUUCUGACUCUCCUACUUGCCUGUGCAGUUUCUGAGAAUCUGGCCACGUCAAUACAAUCAGACAACAUUUUUUUGUUGCUGCCCAGAGUUGCAUUGGUGAGAUUGACAGCCAUAUAAAUCGACAAACAUUUCCCCCCUUUGCCCCAACCUCCACUGCAGGUUCUUAGGACCUGAGGGCAUCUCUUUCAAAGUUUCAAACUCAUUCCUCCACAACUAGAUGGAAUCUAUGAGACUAAUCCUUAUUUUCUCCACAGAGAUUACAAUAGGAUAAAUUUUACUGGUUUGGGAACGGAUCAUCAGGCCAAUUCCCACACUGCCUCAAUAAAAUAUUAUGCCAGUGUU